GGGCGCGCAUGCUCAGCGGUCGGCUGUUCGUGGUGGAUUGUGGAGGUAAGAGGGGUGGCCAUGGGUGCCCACACAGGCCCCAGUUAGGUCUGUCUCUUCAUCGGAUAUGUGGGACAUCCUAUUCCGGAUGGUAUCAUUGGUCCUGCUUCCCCCUCUCUUCUGAAAUUGGGCUGGCCGAUGCUGUGACCCCACUUUGGAGAAUGAACUAUGAGGAGCAGCUGCAGGUUAAAUAUGAAACUCAGAAGAGGACCCUUCAGCUUUUCACAGCCAGCCUCCCCAGUCACCCUGGGCCCGAGGACCUGUGCUGCCCCCUGUAUCCAACUCUCCCCUCGCCAGUUACUAUUGGAUAUCGCAACAAGUCUACUUUUUCUGUGAACAGAGGGCCUGAUGGCAAUCCUAAAACAGUUGAACAUUACAUUGGAACUGGCAAAGGGAGGAAUAUUGUUUGUACUCAUUCAGAUCACUUGGUGAACAUGCCCGAGAAACACAAGCAAGUGGCCAGACGUUAUGAGCAGUUCAUCCGGCUUUCUCCACUGGAGCCUUGCAUCUUGUUCCAUGAAGGAGGACACUGGUGGGAAAUCACUGUUCGCAUCAAUAGGAGAGGAGAUACAAUGGCUAUUGUCUACUUCCAGGAUCUAGAGAAGGAGGAAAUUGCCAAACAUCAGACAGCGCUGGUGGAAUAUUUUACCAUUGGACUGGGAUCUGCGUGUGAACUGACCUCUCUCUACUUUCAGGAAAGUUACUUGCUUACGAUGACCCGCUGUCUCCAUGAGCAGUUACCAUAUCAACUUCUCUAUGGCGUUCCAGAUAUCUAUGAAGAAGUAUUGGGUCUGAACUUCUGAAUCUCUCCAGAUGCCUUCUCCCAGGUGAAUUCUGAGGGAGCAGAGGUCCUUUAUCAAACAGCUCGUUACCUGAUCAGGGUGGACAGUGACAAUAUUGUGCUCGAUGUCUGCUGUGGCACAGAUUACAGGGUGGUGCGAGCAAUUCGUAAUUGUGAGCAGAUUCAGAAGCUCGUGUACAUCUCCUGUAAGCCAGAGGGUGAAGCCAUGAGAAACUUUAUUGAACUGUGCUGCCCACCUGACCAGCAGAAGAAGCUGUUCGGUGAUCCCUUCACUCCAAGGCUAGCUGUGCCUGUGGACAUGUUCCCACACACUUCUCACUGUGAACUUGUGCUGCUGUUUGAGAGAUAAGCCUGCACCCAUGCUUUGAGAAAGGAGACUGGCUAAUAACUGUAGAGCUGCUGAAAACAAUGUAGCAAUGUUGCAGAAGUUAAUCAUUGGUCACUACCUUUGGAGUGUGGUUUGAAAUGGACCCAGUUUGACUGGUCAUGGUAGUUCCUCCGUACUGGAGUGAUUAGCGGUGUGCUGAUGAAGUUUGAAGUUCAUACCUCCAAUAAAUGGCGAAUGAUUGUUUUUGCAAUUUUCUCUCCAAGCUUUUAGAAGAUGUUGAUUUCCUACAUUGCUGCAGGAUGACCAAGAACCUGUUGGUUCUCAGAUAUGGAAAUAUGUUAAUUGCAAUUCAAAUUUAAUCAUCUUUUACACAAGAAGAAGUGAGCUAAUCCAAUUGUUCUUGAAAAAUAUUGACUACCAUUUAGUUUUCUUUGGCCUGAAUAGAAUUGAUUAAAAGUAAAAGUCAUAUUUUAUAUGAACAGGAUGAAAUUUGACUGUAAGGCUCAAUAUUUCCCAGUCUGCAUAUGUGGUGUACUCUCAUCAAAAAGUAAAAGUCAUGUCAUUAUUUUAAUGCAGCACCUCACCAGCAUUUCCUACUCAAUAUAAGGCAGUUAUAUUGAUAUGCUGCACAUCCAGUUUAAAUGGAUACAUCACGUGAGCAGACUUCCUGAAGACAGGUGAAUGAUUGAAUUUUAGAAUAUUUUU